AUGCAGAACAUCCUUGAUCAAAACUUAGACAUGGCCACAGCUCUGCUCGCUGGGGAGAAGCUGAAGGAGCUGAUCCUGCCGGGCUCCUCUCAGGAUGAGAAGGGCGGGGCGCUGGCCGGCUUAAUGGUCCAGCUGAAACUGGAGCUGCCCUUCGAUCGGGUUGUCACCAUAGGGACUGUCAUCAUCCCCAUCCUGCUUGUCACCCUCGUUUUCACACGGAAUUUUGCAGAGGAGUCAAUAUACUGUUACACGCCACACAACUUCACCAGAGACCAGGCACUGUACGCUCGAGGCUACUGCUGGACGGAGCUGCGCGACGCUCUAACUGGGGUGGAGCCCGAACUCCGACCUUCGCUGUUCGAGCACAAGUUUUUGCCCUACGCCCUCCUGGCCUUUGCCGGCAUUAUGUACAUUCCUGCUUUGGGCUGGGAGUUCCUGGCCUCCACGCGGCUGACCUCAGAGCUCAACUUCCUGCUCCACGAGAUUGACAACUGCUACCAUCGCGCCGCCGAGGGACGAGCCCCUAAAAUCGAGAAGCAGAUACAGUCUAAAGGGCCCGGUAUCACCGAGCGAGAGAGGAGGGAGAUCAUAGAGAACGCGGAGAAGGAGAAGAGCCCCGAGCAGAACCUCUUUGAGAAGUACCUGGAGAGACGAGGCCAGAGCAACUUCCUGGCCAAGCUUUACCUGGCACGUCACCUGGCCAUCAUCUGCCUCAGCUCCAUCCCCAUCUCCUACCUGAGCGCCUACUACGCCCGCCAACGGCAGAACGAAUUCACCUGCGCCCUGGGCGAGCCCCCGGACACGAGUAGCUAUACGGAACUGAAGCUCAGCGUGAACUGUAAGCUGCCUGCUGUGCAGCUUCAGCGAAUCAUGGCGGCGGUGGAUAUCGCUCUGCUCUGCACCAUGAACCUCAUCAUCCUGGUUAAUUUGCUACACCUAUUCGUGGUGCGCAAGUCCAACUUUGUGUUUGACAAGCUGCAUAAAGUCGGCAUAAAGACGCGACGGCGCUGGCAGAAGUCUCAGUUCUGCGACAUCAACAUCCUGGCCAUGUUCUGCAACGAGAACAGGGACCACAUCAAGUCGCUCAACCGGCUGGACUUCAUCACCAACGAGAGCGACCUCAUGUACGACAACGUAGUGCGGCAGCUGCUGGCUGCCCUGGCCCAGUCCAACCAUGACGCCACGCCCACCGUGAGGGACUCUGGGAUACAGACCCUGGACCCCAACAUGGACCCCUCUGUUCUGGGAGUGGGAGAGCUGGGAGGGGAGCCGCUGGUCAUCAAACGGUCCCGCAAGAAGAUUAAAUGGAUCCCAAGCUCAAAUCCUCUUCCGCAACCAUUUAAGGAACCCCUGACUCUGGCUCGCAUGGAGAAUAGCACCAAGCCUGACAAACCCAAACCUCUCAGACGGAAGACAGUUGCAGACAGUUUCAUUGCACCACUUGUGGACAGCAAGAGCACCCAGCAUCCCCCAUCAAAAGAUUUAAAUGGGAUGGAGAAGAAACAUACACGCAACUUUUCUCUGGAUGUCCACCCAUACAUGCUGACUAUCCGAAAGCCCAAGGUGGAGGCCACCAUCGCUGAGCCGCUGCCCACAGACCACUCGAUGGAUGCGGUGUUCAUUGAAGGCACACACACUAUUGUCCAUGUGUCUACUGGAAUUACAGAGAAAAAGGACUGCACCCCAGAGUCCACUAAUGUUGCCUUCUCGACUGUGACUCUGCCCACCACCACCUAUGUGAACGGUGUCAGCCCCAACCCGCCCUCCAGCGAAGACGCCCUCAGCCCCAAGCCCUCUCCUCCCGCUAAUGAGCCCCUCGCCCAGCCAGAAAAGCCCGAGAGCCAGCCCCCGCCUUUAACCAGAGCCCCUGCCCAUCAGCUGCUGAGUAUGCACCAUACUCUCUUUGAGGAAGAGGAAGAGGAGGAAAACCGCAGAGACAGACUGUCAGAGAGACCCGGGGAGCUCAUCGCCGCCGGGGAAUGCUGA